GGAGUGGCUCUGGAUCGCCAGUCUGGAUGCCGCCAGGAUGGCACAGGCAACCCCGAACCAGCCCUACUUCCGAUCCGACAGCAGCGACUCUGCCGCCCACAUGCUGGGCGACGGGCCACGGGCCGAGAAGUACUGUCGGAAGAAGCGCUGCAGCCCAGUCUGGCUGGCGGUGGCCGCCAUGGGCAUCCUGGCCCUGCAAAUCGCCUCCACCACCGGCCUCUUCGUUUACUUCACGAUGUCCAUCUCCAAGCUGAAAGCCCAGGCCCAAGGCAGCUCCGAGGAGGGGCACUGCCUCCUGCUCCUCAGCCGAAUGCAGGAACUUUCAGACCUGGAUGAGCUGAUCGGCAACCAGUCAUGCCUCAAGCUGGCCAGCAACAUCAAGGCCUAUGUUGCCAUGGUGACGGACAGCAUUAUUCGUAAGAGUGCUCAGACUGAUACUUCAAACAAGCCCACCAACUCUUCUGGUGGACAGCUGAUGAUCAGGCAACCAGGCAGCAAACCUUCAGCACACCUCACACUCAGGGGGUGGAAGCCAUCCCAGGCAGGAAGCCCAAGCCUCUUUGGGGAGCUGCCUCAGUCCUGCCAGCUCCCAAUUCCCUACUGGACCAGCAAAACCAUGCAUUCACACUUGCAGAACCUCACCUACCAGGACGGCAUGCUGCACGUGAGCCAGGCAGGCAAAUACUACAUCUAUGCCCAGAUCUACUUCCACUACCCCACAGAAGGCAUGGAUUCCCAGGCCUUGGGCCAUCAGCUGGUGCAGUGCAUCAACCUCCAGAGCACCAAUGGGCAGACCAUCCCACUACUGAAAGGUGUGGGCACCAAAUGCUGGGCACGGGAUGCCACUUAUGGGCUCCACGCUCUUUACCAAGGAGGCCUCUUUGACCUCAAAGCUGGCGAUAAGCUCUUUGUGUCUGUCUCUACUCUGCACAUCAACUACAACGAUGAAGAAGGCACCUACUUUGGAGCCUUCCGUCUUGAUGCAUGAAGAAGUGGAGCCGUUUUGCAAAACAGUCUCCUGCUGGAAGGCGCCAGCUGUAGAGUUGGGCAGGUCAUUACAUUACCCCUUCCGCUUAGGAGUGAAUGUAUUGACAUCUGAACCAGAUGCACUGGCUUAUCUCAACAGACAAUGCCCUGUGUCAGGGCUCCUGCCUACUGUUGCUGCAUAGCUUCAUAGGCUCAGCAUCUCAACAUUUUCCCCGUUGUUAGUGACUCUCAUCAAGAUUGCUCCCCAGAGGCAAGAGACCUCUCAAGACCCAGUGGGAACAUGGGCAUCCUGGGUAGAGAGGACCAUGAGAGUAUCUUGCAGUCUGUGGCCAUAGCAGGAACUUUAGGAGUCCUUGUUGCAAGACUCUGUUCUCUCUGUUGUUUGUCCACAUGUGCUCGAGUGAAAAGAGGCACUGCUGGCAAUGAAUGGGCCAUGAGGCAGUGCAUGAGCCAUGGAAAGCAGGUACUUUUUCUGCCAAGCAGCUAGAACUGGAGAAAUAAGGAACUCCAGAAGCCUCAUCCAUCUAACAGAUAUGUAGAGGAAUACUACACACUAGUCUCAUGUCACUGUUUCUAGGCAGCUUGGUGCUUGGAUUGAGGGCAAGAAAAGUGGCCUCUAAGAGGGCAUCUUUAGGGGGCUUUUUUGGAACAGGACCUCACGCUGGCUGUCUUUCAAGUCUUGCCUAUAUGUGAUUUGUUUUC